AUGGUCCUGCUCAUGGUGAUCGUGACAGCCGUGACAAUCGUCAUCGUGUUUCUGCUCGCACGAGACACCAAAUCGCCGCCCUCGCCACCGUUCUGCAAAACUGAGGAUUGCCUCCUCCACUCAUGGCGCCUCUCUUAUGGACUAAACCGCCAUCUCGAUCCAUGCCACAACUUCAGCGCCUACGUCUGUUCCGCUUGGUCGCCUCCAGAGGGAUACCUUGAGCACUCCAACUCGGCCAUGGAUGAUGUUAGGAAAUCGUGGUUUCCGCAAUUCUACAACGUACUCAGCGAAGGGACGAAGACCAUUAGUGUGGGCCGCAAACCACUCGCCAUGUACGCGUCCUGUAUGGGCAACCGAUCGCAGUACGGCUCGAACUUGGACAUCUUCUGGAAGUUCCUCAACGAAUGUAGACUGUCCUGGCCGGAGGAACCCGCGCCAAGUGACACCAGCGCCCUCGACGUACUGAUGACGCUGGUAUUCAAGUGGCAGGUUCCGUUAUUCUUUCAGGUGCGCGCUGUGCGCUUGUCCACACCGAAUUGGCGUUUCAUAUUAGAGCCCGGUCCCCUGAUACCUCUUUUGUACCAGCACCAUCUCACAGUCAAAAGCACCGGCGGAUACGCGAAAUACUGGGCCACGUUCUUCUACAUCCUUAACCGAAACUACAGCAAGUAUGGGGUCGACACGAAGCUUGUCGACACGGUAGUGGAUAUGGAAGGAGAUGUCUUUAGAAAGCUGCUGAACGCUAUGCGUCUUCCGGUAAUCCAGCCAGCUCUGGUGCGAAUCGCUCGAAUCGGACUCCACACUCCGCCGCUGGCCUCCAUGCUCUGGCUACGUGCCUUCAGGCAGACCGAGCUUGAGCCUGAAGUGGACCCUAACGACCAGGUUUUCAUAAGCGACGUAGAGUUCUUUGAGACCAUGGCGACCUUGAUGUCAUCUUACAAAGACACUCAGCUGCUGUCCCUGAUCGCCUGGUCUUGCGUGCAGCUGCUUGCCCCGGCAGUGGAUAUCCAGCUGCUUGAGAAUCGGUACGACCAGGGCAUCACCAUAUAUCGGCCGUACUUCUGCGAGCGAUUCGUCGAGACCGCCUACCGGCUCCUGGUGAUUGCGCUCAGCUCCGUGUCGCGCUUCUCUCGAGAACAGCGCGCCGCCGUCGAAGCAGGCUUCGACAGCUUGGUUAUGGCCGCUGCGGACGUGGCCAACGCAACGCAGUGGCUGGACGUUGAGAGCAGGCAGCUCGCGGUCGAGAAGCUGUCUUCGACGCGACUGAAGCUGUGGCCCCCCGACCGUUUCCUCGAGAACGAUGUGCUCGAGCGCAUGUACGCUGAUUUCCCCAGCGCCGAACUUUCGUUUGCCGAGUACUGGGUGAAGUCGAGCCGCUGCGCUGCUAAGGCGCAUGGCCCGCACGCUGACAUCGACGUCUUCAGCUACGCGCUCAACUACGCGCUGCCAUACGUGCUCUACGACGCCUCAAGCGGCACCGUCAAGGUGGCUGUGGGCGCCGUUACUCCGCCCCUGUACUACUCUGCCGGCACCGACGCCAUGUUCUACGGCGGACUGGGCUUUUCCAUGGCACUCAAGCUGGUCGCGUCGAUGGACAGACAAGGACUGCGGUGGCACCCGAACGGCACUUUCAGCGACUUAUUUUUGUCCAGCUCUUCUGCGAAGGCCUUCGAGGACAGGGACGGCUGCCUAGAAGCGCUUCACGGGCACUCCGCCAUCGGCGGGGACAACACCCAGAGCAUAACCGGCACGAGUGCUAGCGUCUUUCCCGAGAUCCCCGCUCUCGAGGUUGCCUAUGCGGCGUACCGCCGCGCAGUCAGGGACAGGGGCGACGAAGGUCUUCAGGGAAUCGCGGGAGGCUUUUCGGGAGACCAAGUGUUCUUCAUGACCCUGUGCUACAUGACCUGCACGCGGCCCGAUGUCAUGGGUCCUCACACAGUAGACUGCAACAAGGCGGUGCGCAAUUCGGAGGCCUUCGCCCGGGCAUUUCAUUGCCCGUCGGAGUCCCAGAUGAAUCCCAAGAGGAAGUGCAACUUCUUUGGGUGA